AAUGUGCCCGAAUGUAUGCGUGUGUUGUCUACAUAGUUUAUCAGCAGCCGCUUUUUCAUACAUGUGCUAUAUAUAUACCUAUGCAUAAAAGUAUGUAUGUAUGUAUGUAUGUGCGUAUAUACGCAUGUACGCAGUAGUUUGGCAGCAGACAGAAAAGCAUACGUGAAAACAUGCAAGAGAUUUUUUGUUUUUAUGUUGUUGCUCUCCGCUUUUUUUUUUGCAUAUGCAUAUAGUCAAGCGUGAGGAGGCAAAAAAUCUUCGUAAAAGACUAGACGUGGCCGCAAACAUAGGCGUGUAAGGAUAUAGGCGUACAUAAAUACAAGCACGCUUCUGCAGACUCAAAAGCGCAGAGAGGCGGGCGGGCAUAUUUGUAUGUUCAACAGUGCGUGAUUAUGGAAAUUCGUUCCAUGUAUGAGGAGGGCUGCCUUCAUUGUGCAUUUGUAUGCAUGCUUGCCUGUAUCUAUUCAAAGUUAUGCAUGUGUUUGUGCCAGUAGGUAUGAAAGCAACAUUUUGAGAGUUUUGUUUUCUUUUUACUCGCCAUCGGAAAAUAAGAAUAUAUUAAUUUUAUCAGUUCGCUUGUAACAUCCACAAGUCUUAUAUCAUUGUAGAUCAUAAUGUAGACUUUUUUCGUUGUACCUAAAAGUGCUCUUCGCCUUCAAUGCAGGGUUUAUUAAUUAAAAUAUUUUAUUUUGGGAAGGAAAGGGAAAACUUACAAACAAGAAAAUCCAAUUUCUAAAUUUAAAAAAAAGUCCCUAGUGAAUUGUUUUCUUUUUCUCACAAACGGCGUAAAGGCACUUCCUUGAGAAAAGGCGUAGUCAGGCGCCUGCAAUAAUAGGAAAUAAAAACUGAAAAAUUCGAAGUUUCAUCAAAGCUUUCAUCUUUUCAUCUGCAGAAACUUUAACAUGUCACUCAACACGUUUUCUAGGAUGGCAUACGAAUGCUGAAUGGUUCCUGAUCGAUCCAUGUGGCCGGCGGUCAAUGCGGUGUCGGUAACAAAGUUUGAAUCGUGCAUCUGUCUCCGUAAGGGCUACUGUGCGUGUAUUUCCUGAGUGUGAUUGUCUGCGGCGUGUUUGUUGGAUAGAGAGUGCAAAGUCCCCAUCACGCCCGAACUAGCUAGACUUAAGAUGACACGUACGUUCAUCCGAUACAAGGUCCAUGCGUCUGACCUUUCGACUAUAUUAGUAUAAUAUAUUUUUAGCUCGCAUAAAAGUGGCAGCCUAUGCCAGUCACAUUGCAGAAAAGUGUCUGACUUUGACUAGAUGAAUAAAAAUACUACUUUCUAUUGCACUAAAGUGGUCGCAGUACAUGUUUAAAAGUACAUAAAAAAAAUUUGUUUUGACAUGAGCGCCCUUAUCGCACCACUAAUCAGACUGCGGCUUUGUAUCCAGACUAAUGGACCAAACAUUUUCUAAAAAUUUAACUUGAAGUCUUAUGACGGUCCGUAGAAUGAAAAUAGUUCUAGAUAUGGAAAGAAGCUUAAAGGAGCUCAGAUACACAUGAGAAACAUGGUUUCGAGUAAAAUGAUUUUAAAGUUUCAAUUGCCAGGAAACAUUUGCUUUACCUCAUAGAUUUGAUUUAACAGCUUUGAAGACCUCUAUGGUCGUAUCAGGAUUUUAUUUAAAAUUUUUUCAUCAUGAAUUACUUUCUGUGCCUGGCAAGUUAUCCUGUACUCAUCGAAUACCAAAUACGAGUAAGACUUCACAACUAUUAUGCUGCCAAAAUAAAAAUUCUGGGUGGUUUAAAGUUAACGACCAAGUCAAAUUCACUCGGAGGGCAGAGUCUUAUCAAGAGCACGCAAACUAAAUGAAACUUGCGAUGUCACAAAUCGCACGACUAAUAUAAUAUAUCGUUAAGUUUUUAUGGCGCCUAAAAGAGAUUGAAAAAAAUCUUAGACUCACAUCAGAUGGUGGGUAACCAGAAUUCGCUGCAAGGCGAAUGAUCUUAAUUUUUUUUUGUACUCUGUAAACCCCUUAUUUAAUUUUCACAGGCAGUCAAAAAAGAAUUCAAAAUAUGUUAGUGAAGGUCUUAACGCUUCUUUCCAAAAAAAUUUAAAAAAAACAAAUAAUUUGACAUUUUAAGGAUUCUUGGUUUUUUGAAGGCGUUGUGGCUUCCUUUUUUUUUUGGUAACAUUUGUUGAAUUUCAUUUAUGUAUUUCGCUUGUUUUCUUGCUAUUUAAUGUUCUUUCGUCUUUUAUUGAUUUAUGUUUAACACAGUUGUUUACUUUAACUUCGCUCUCCCUCUGUGUCUCUCUCUCUCUCUCCCUCCCUUCCCACUCACAACCGCUCAUAGUUCUCUUUCUUGAAUACUCGGCUUGUGUUCCUCAUGUUAUGGACUAAUGAUGGCCGAGUGUGUGCGUAUUUGUGUGUGCGAACUAUGCAUCAACUUUUGUUUUCCUUUUCUUUUCCGCUGUUUUCUUUUUUUUCCCUUCUUUUUUGCCGUAGUUCAAAUAUUCAUGAAAUCCAACCGAAAAAGUUCUAAAUAAUAAACGACUAGAAACACACUACAGCCACAUGAAGAAAAUUCUUUUGAAAAAAAAAACUAUACAUCAGCAUGAAGCUUGCUUACGUACCUACAAACAAAGAAAAACGAAAAACAUACUUACACACACGCACAGAUAUACAUGUAUAUAUAGGUAUACAAUAAAUAUAUAUGUAAAAGGUUAUUUGUGGAAUAGAGCAGAGAGAAAGAGAAAAAGAAAGAAAAUGUUUGUGGCCAUAAAUCAAAUGGGACACAGUGCCAAAAAACAUAAAAAAGAGAUGAAAAAACAUGAAAAUAAUAUAAUAAUGCCAACGGGUAUAGCUGUGACGGAACAGCAGAUAACCGAACCGGCAUCUGCAACAAACCAACAAAUAUCAGCAACAAAAACAAAACAGCAACAAUAUCUAAGUGAGAGUAGUACAGCUGAUGCAACAAUAACAACAACAACAAAAAAGGCAGCAAUAUCACAAGCAAGGGUAACAGCUUUUCUAUCACGACCACCAGUACUGCUUGAAACGAAAUUUAAAAAUUGGGAAUGUAAUUUACAAAACGACCGGAAACAUGCGGAUAACAAACAACAGCAGCAACAAAACGAAACCGUAACUAAAACAGCGUACCCAUCAAAUAACCAACAUAUGCUUUCAACUGAUGUCUAUCGCAACUGUAAGGUACUGCGCGACGGCCAACCAACUAUCAUACCAACCACCACCUUAACCUCACUUUCAACGGUAUAUCUAUAUUUGGGUAUCCUGACGCUAGCAUUGGCAUCGCUAUCUGUACUAUUUUAUUCGCAUGUCUCCUCCGCCUCAGUCAACUGCCACAAUACAAAAUUAUAUUCAACAACAACCACAACAAAACAGCAUAUGCCAACUGCUGCUGUUGCUGGUGCUGGUGCUGCUGCUGCUGCUGCUGCUGCUGCUGAGUAUCGUGAAAAAUUUCAUCAGGAAUUGCUUGCCUCAGAAACUAUACUAAGGACGAUGAUAGAGAAUAUCAUAUUACAGCAGGCAAUUGCCGGCAAAAGAGAACACUUACAAAUUGGCAAAUCAAUAACAGAGCAGCAGCAAGACAACGCGGUGCGGAGGAAUACAAAAGAGAAUAAUGAAAUUGAAAGAACGAGCACUUUCAAGACAGCCCAUACUCUACCGGAAAAUGAUUAUAACACUACAAGAAAACCGGAGAGAACAGAAACUGAAUAUAAUGACAAGUACAAUAACAACAACAGCAAGUACAAUUAUAACAGCCAUUAUGCAGCUUCCAAGACAAUAGUAUUGCAGCAAAGGCAACGUCGAGAUAUCUCUUCAUCUCCGUCAUCCAUGCACGCGGAUCCCUUUAUUGAAUUUUUCACACCAAAUCAUCGCAAAGUUUUAGAAGAGCAAGAUAUAGAAAUUCGUAAGCGAACUGGUCUAAAAGGAGCUGCACCUGAUGGCGAUGAAUGGAUCUAUUUAAACACAUAUUGUCGUGUACCGGAGAAAAUUAUUACGGGCUUUUGCAAAAGUACCCAAGAAUAUUGUCCGCCCGGUCCGCAAGGAUUACUUGGACCCGUGGGGCCGAAAGGCCCAACAGGACCACCUGGUUUACCUGGCAUACCGGGUCCAAAAGGCAACCGCGGUGACGUUGGACUGCCGGGACCAACGGGUAUAGAUGGACCUAUGGGUUUGCGAGGGCCAAAGGGUGAUAUCGGAAUACCUGGACGACCCGGUUUAGACGGUAGAGAUGGCGUACCGGGAGAACCGGGCUUGGAUGGUGUGCCUGGCAGGGCCGGUGCUGAUGGUAUUCCUGGUAAAGAUGGUCUCCCUGGGCGUGAUGGUAAAGACGGUCAGCAUGGUAAAGAUGGCAAAGACGGUGCACCAGGUCCAAAAGGCUCGCAAGGUCCACCUGGUGAGAGAGGUCUUAAAGGCAUCGCGGGGCAACGUGGUAGACCUGGUAAAUCCGGAGCUGACGGUAUACCUGGGAUUCCGGGUAUAAAUGCUUGGAAAGUGCAACUGCAAAAUGGCUCCUAUUCUCAUGACUUAUUAAUACCGCCCUCAAUCACAGACAAUACUGCUCCGUAUGGUCAUCGUUCGUUAGUAGUAGAAGAAGGGAAACUAUUAAAUUUAAGUUGUGCAGCCACCGGCAAUCCUGCGCCACGUGUAGAAUGGCGUCGUGAUGAUGGCCGCACCAUUAAUGUAAAUGGAGUUGAAAUGUCUUCCAUAAGCGGUGAAUAUUUAAAAUUUACGAAUAUAACCCGCCAUCAGAUGGCCGCCUAUACAUGUUAUGCCAAUAAUGGUGUAGCGCCUGUGGCGAAUGCAACAUUUUUGCUGGAAGUUCAUUUUUCACCCAUGAUAUCGGUCUACAGACAAAUGAUUUAUGCUGAGUAUGGUCGUACGGCUACGCUGGAGUGUUUAGUGGAAGCUUUCCCUGAAGCCAUUAAGUACUGGGAACGUGCUUAUGAUGGAAAAAUUUUAGAUCCUAGCGAUAAAUAUCGUAUUGAAACAUAUCCCGAUGGCUUUAAAACCACAAUGCGCUUAACUAUAAAUAAUUUACGUAAAGAUGAUUUCGGUUAUUAUCAUUGUGUAGCUCGAAAUGAAUUAAAUGCAACUAUGGUCAAUUUUGAAGUGGCACCGCAAGAUCCGAACAGCGAAACUCCUUACGUAGGUAAAGAAAUAAAAAUUUACGGAAAACGACCUCCUGAGAGUGGCUGCCCCGUAUGUGAAAUAUGCCCUGAUCCGAGCUUGUUGCAAUGCAAGGAUUCGAUUAAUUCCAAUUUUGAAAUUCAACCGACUGGAAAUUAUAGUUAUCCUGGUCUACCGAAACGGAAAAAGAGCUGUCUAUUGUAUGCGGUGGGUAAGCCGGUAUUUCACAAAUUUGUCGAUGAAAAUUACGGAUCAUGGUUAAAAGAUGCCGCUGCAACCGAAUUAGAGCGUGAGAAAACUUUUGUUACCAACGAAAAGGAUAAUCACAAUUUGUACGAGUUUACCUCAAAAAUCCAAUAUCGUAUGAAUGAUGUUCCCCGCAAAAAAUAUGAAAUAACUGAAGGUUUUCAGGGUAAUGCUCAUGUAGUGUACAAUGGAUCAUUCUAUUAUAAUCAGCACAACACUGACCUCGUGGUGAAAUUGGAUUUGAUUACAAUGAAAAAAAUUACCACUCAGUUGCCGUAUGCAGGCAUAGCAACUGGUAAUAAAUUGUACUCGACAGAUUACAAUUACAUGGACUUUAAUGUGGAUGAGGUCGGUUUGUGGGUAAUUUACAGCACUUACGAUUCGAAUAAUACUCUGGUGGCUAAGUUGGACGCAGAAAAUCUUCGCAUUCAAUAUAAUUUCAAUGUAACACUGGACCAUCGAAAAUUUGGUGAAAUGUUCAUUGUUUGCGGUCACUUGUACGCAAUCGAUUCCUGCAUGGAUAAGAAUACUCAAAUACGUUACGCUGUCGACUUGUACAAUGGCAAACUUUUGAAUAUCGAUUUGCCAUUCACUAAUCCCUUCCGCAAAACGACCACCGUCGGUUACAAUCCAUACACGGUGGAACUUUACUCCUGGGAUAAGGGUAAUGCACUUACAUAUCCGAUACGGUAUCAUGAACAAAGCAUAGGGAGUGACCAUGCAUAAAUUAUUGUGAAAAAACCCAGAAUGCAUGUGCGGCGGAAAAAAUGAAAGAAACACAUCAACUGUUAUAGCCCAUGCGUUUAGGAAGAGCGUAUAUGCAUAAAUUGCACGGUAGAUACGAGAGUUAUAAGGAACUAAAACUAAAAACUUAAGUAAGAAAGUUAUGUUCGCUUUAAAGCGAAUCUUGGAUACUCACCAUCCUGAACUUUAAAUAAAUAAAAAUUUAAUUAAUAUUUUUUUAUUUUUUUGAUAAAAAAUGCAUGCAGUAUUCAUGUUAUCAUAAGGAUAUCGUCAUCUUCGUCCCGUUUGCUAUCGUGCUCAGUCCCGGUUAAAUGGAAAAUGGCGUGUUGUUUGACCAUAAUAAAUUAAAUGCGUCCGUCACUCUUCUAUUGCAAAGAAAAAAAAGUAAAUAAAUGAAAAUUGAUUGUGAAGACAACAAUUGAAACUAUGUUCACACUAAGGUUUUUCUAAAAAGUUGAUAGACGGUUCUUCAAACUUCAUAUCAUAAAUGAUUUGAAAUAUUUCUGAUUUCCUAGGCUGUAUUUCAAAAUUUCAACAAGUUUAAAAAUCCCCAAUGUUAACGCUUGAGAAUUCCACUAACAAGUGGAAAAUCAAUAGGCGAACGAACGAAUCAAUAGGCAGAAACAUUUAAAGUUGGGGUGAACCACAGAAAUGGCACAAGAAGUUAAAAACAGAUGUACUUACAAGGAUACGUUAGUGUACUGAGAAGUAAAUAUGUCAUUAGGUCCGUUUUUUAGUGAACAGGCGGCCUAAAGAGGUGACAGAAUAAAUUCAAGAAAACAUUAAUUGAUUGGUAAAGUGACAAAGAUACAGACUAACAAGAUGGGUUAAUUGGAUCUGCAGUAGAUGAAGUGACUAAACGGUCAGAGGAUGGGCAGCCGAAUGAAUGUGUGGACAAAAAGUCUCACAGCCAGUCCACAGGAUACACAUAUAAUGGAGUAAGCGAACUUUCCAACAUAUGGGUUGAUAAACAGACAGACGCAUUGAUGGUUACGACAAAUGAAUGAGAAAAUCUGAGGCGGAUGCAAGUGGAGUUGUCGACAAACGAUUUAAUAAGUAGGCCUUUAAGCAACUGAAAAGACUGGCGUGGGUAGGGGAGAAGGGGGGAAGGGGGGGCUAAAUAACGCACAACAACCAAAAGCAUUCGAAUGAAUGAUCACGAAAACAACUUGAGUGAAAUUGAUCUACAAUCGUCUGAUCGGGAAGACGUUCUUUACAAAGUCAUUGCGAAAUAUGUUUUCAAACCAUUUACUAUUUUUUUUUUAAAUUUUCGGUGGUGAUUAUAAAAACUAAAACUCUUAAACUAAGGUAUGUAUAAAUUAAAUUGUAGUCUGAACAAGUUCUCUAUUUUUUAGUUAUAUGUGGUUAUUUUUUCUAAACAAACUGCAAUAUAUGUAACAAAUUUUUAGAUACAUUGUACUUAAGAAAGGAACAAAACUAUCAAAAUAUUACAAAAACAAAGUCAAACGUUAGGAAAAAUUUUGUAAAAAAAAAAAAAAAACAUUAAUUUUAAACAAAAGAAUCUUAUUUUUAGUAAUUAGAUGUAUGCAUUGAUGCUCAUACACUCACUUAUAUAUACAUAUAAGCAUAUAUAUAUAUAUAAAUUGAAUAUGGAAAUGAAAAACAAAAAUACAUAUUAAAAAGUUUUUAGAUGCAGAACAUAUUCACAGGUUAAGAAAAUCUGAUAAUCAAAAAUAGGAUAAACCAAAAAAAUAAAACAAAAAAAUGAAUAUAAACCCAAAUUCUCGGAAU